AUGGACUCAGAAUUAGAAUUUAUGACUACCACCGAAAUCGCGCAGUCGAUGAGGACCUCCCAACUCGAACUUGCCUACGAACGCGCACUUCGACAAGCCGAACGAAUCUAUGAAGAAGAACGGGUACGCGCAAUCCGCGUGCAACUGCUACUCCUCGAAGAUGAAAACGAUGACCUGCAGGAACAAGCGCUGCAGUAUGAGGAUCAGUACAACCACCUGGAGGAGACCAACGAGGAAUUGCGAGAUCAAGUCUCGGUGGUUGAGUCGGAAUUGCAACAGACGCAGAUGGACUUGAAGGCCCGACUUCGAGACUUGGAUCAUCUCAGAGCGGAGGUCAAUGCCUUGGACGCAGCUAGUACCGAUGCGACGAAACUCCUCUCGGAGAAGUUGGCACUGGCGAGAGAACUGAAUACCUUGAAGCCCGAACUCGAACAUUUGAAGUCGCAGACCUCCACACAACAGAACCUGCUCUCGGAGAAGCUAGCACUGCAGCGGGAAGUCAAUUCUUUACAAGUGGAAUUGGACACCGAGAAGCGAACGGUACAACGGAUCAAGGCGCAAGGGAAGUCAUCAGCCAACGACGAGUCUACCACGGCGGCCGAAAUCGAGGUUUUGAAGAAGGAGCUUGUCCGAAUAAAGAGAGAAAAUCAGAAGAUGGACCGAGAAAAUCGGAAGAAGACGGUCGAAUGGGAGGGAGAGAAAGAGCACCUCGAAGAGAAGCUCGAGGCGUACAAGGGCAAGCUUCGAGCGACGAAAGACCAGCUUCAAGAGGCCCAGGGCGAAAUUGAGAAAUUGCAAGCUGCCAAGAUGGCUCAAUCUGCUGAGAUGACCAAAGUCCGGCUUAAUGGCGGUGUCGCUGCAAAUCCUAGAAAGAGAAAUGUUGCCCGUUUCGAUCCAGACAUGACAAUUGGUACACCAGGAAACGGGGGACCCGCAGGGAAAAAGCAGCGUAUUUCUGUCAACCCCGGUGACAAGUCUACCUUCUCCAUGACACCGUUCUUGAACCGCACUCUCAGCAUUUUGCCCGAGUCACCCUCGGCGGGAGCGGACGAGCCACAGAAAAAGAAGCAGAAGCAGAAACCUGCGAAAGACCAGACCGACGGAACCGUGGAAGACAAUUCAACACCCCCGAAGGCCAAAGGAGCACGAUCAAAGCUUGAAAAACCUUCUGCCGCGACGACUACCGGACAGAAAAAGGACUAUGCGACUCAGCCACUCAAGGAAACCACCAAAGCAAAGGCCAAUACUACCAUCAAGAAGGCCCAACUUGAGAAGCUCGUGGAGGAGAAUUCAGACGUGGAUAGCGACUUGGAACACGAUGAAUCCCAUGAGACGUCGGAGAACGCGACAGGAUCUACACGAUACACGUCCGAACCGGCCAAGAAGGAAAACAUCUUCCCUAAGCGAACUAACAUUUUCGACGAGGAGGAUGGCUUAGCGGCCCCUAAGGUUAGGAAUCUAGGUGCCAAUGCCGCUGGGAUAGGACGGAUCAGCUUGAAAGCGAAACCGAAUGGCAAGGGAAAGGUGCUGGCUGACUUCUCUCCACUCAAGAAGGUUCGAAGGACUACGGAAAUGGUGGCUGCCUGA